GAAGGCCAUGCUCCUGCUGAAGAAGAAACGGUACCAGGAGCAGCUGCUGGACAAAACAGAGAACCAGAUCAGCAACCUGGAGCGGAUGGUCCAGGACAUUGAAUUCACCCAGAUUGAGAUGAAGGUCAUCGAGGGCCUGAAGAUUGGCAACGAGUGUCUGAACAAAAUGCACCAGGUGAUGUCCAUAGAGGAGGUGGAGAGGAUAAUAGGAGAGACCCAGGAUGCUGUGGAGUACCAGAGGCAAAUAGACGAGCUCCUGGCUGGCAGCCUGACUGAGGAGGAUGAAGAUGCCAUUCUAGAAGAAUUAAAUGCCAUUACUCAGGAACAGUUGGAGCUCCCAGAAGUUCCUUCAGAGCCACUCCCAGAGAAGAUCCCAGAAGUGUCACCCAUCAAGAACAGGCCAAAGGCAGAGCUGGUGGCAGCAUCUUAACUCCCAGUGCUGGGGAUCCCCCUCCAGACUCUCCCCCUGGACAGUUUGCCCUCCCAGAGUGUGCUGGGAGCAGGCAAUGCCUUGGCAGCAUCCCAGCUGUGCUGGGUGGAUUGUGGAGCAGGAUUCCCUGCACGGGGUGGGGAACCUCAGCUGAUUAUCGCUCUUGUAUCAAGAUUAUUUUCUAGUGCUUUCUUUUUUUGUAACUUAAACUCCAGACUCACUCAGCUGCGCUGUCUCGGGAUUAAACAGCAACUCUAAAUCAUCCAAAGCCAAA